AAAAAACCAUUACAAGAAUAUUCUUUCCUCUCCCACCUGACAUUUUUAGCACAGUGCGGUCCUGCGAUGGCUAACAGUGGCUUUCGCCAAUCGCCACCCUAUCUUAGUAUCUUGGUUUUUAUGGAGCAGCGGCUUGCGUUUCUCCCGAGGCAAGGCCGACGGAAGAAGCAAACCAAAGUAAAGUGCACUUUUUUUCUUCUCUCUUUACUGAAAAAGCAAACCAAACUCGAUGACGAUGAGGGCUUCAUUUGCUGGACAAGCCAUCUCUCCCUCUUUCACAAAAGGAGAAGAAGAAAGACAUUUGACAGAGACAAUUUGUUAGACGAACAAACCAAAAUCUCGAGCGGGCAUUGAGGUUAAUUUGAAUUAAAGGGGGCGUACCAUCACAUCCAAUUCUUUACUUGCCGUUUGAGAAUCCAAAAGCUAAUAAAGCUCCCCACUCACUUGCCUCGCAAUUCUCCAAAGUAAAUCCUCCACUGCCCUCUUCCGUGUAUAUAUAAGCACUUGAUCCGUGAUGCAGCCGAUGUACAUUUGCCCUUUGUUCUUCUUCCUCAAUCCCUUUCUCUGGAUUCGAAGCAGAAGAAGAGGGGCUAUAAUCGUAUAUUGUUAUUUCUGCUGGUGAUUCUCAAUCUCAAGUCAUGGCCAGUACCAGUGGUACUAAGUCGGGUAUGGGCUCCCGGCGGUUGACUAGGGCAGGCACUAUGCUGGAUCCCGCUGUAGGAGAAGACUGGACCAAGUUCAAUAGUGAGAAAGUCCCCCCCGCAAUAGAAUCCAUUGCUCCCAUCCUCCGCGCAGCAGAUGAAUUGGAGAAAGAAGAUAGUAAAAUUGCUUAUUUGUGCCGAUUUGUUGCAUUUGAGAAGGCUCAUACUUUGGAUGCGAAUUCAAAUGGACGUGGUGUUAGACAAUACAAGACUUACCUGCUAAGCUUAGUUGAAAAGGAAAUAUAUAUUCCAAAUCAAAGUAAAUAUGCACUAGAUUAUUACAAGAAGUACUAUGUGAAAAAUAUCAAAGAUGGCCACCUGACAAAAAAACCAGAAGAGAUGGUGAAGUUGUGUCAAAUUGCAAGCGUAUUGUAUGAUGUUUACUUGACAUUCGAGAUAGAUAAAUCACCUAGAGAUUUGGAUCAAGAGGCACGCAUGUAUGCCAAAGAUGUAGCAGAGAAAAAAAAACAGUAUGAGCACUAUAAUAUUCUUCCAAUUUAUGCCAUUGCCGUUAAACCUGCCAUAAUGGAACUUCCUGAGAUCAAACAAUCACUGGCAGCUAUUCGAAUGCCUGAAAAAAAUGACAUUUUUGAAUGGCUGGGAUUGAGAUUUGGAUUUCAGAAAGCAAAUGUAGCAAAUCAAAGGGAGCACUUAGUACUGCUGCUUGCCAAUAUGCACAUCAGAGAUAAGAGCUUACAUGGCAACGACUAUGAAUUCAGCAACACGGUUAAGAAACUGCAUGACAAAAUAUUCAAAAACUACAAUUCAUGGUGCAAAUAUUUGCAUCGCCCGUCAAAUAUCAAGAGAGUGACUACAGUCUCACAGGAUGGUAGUAAGCAGCAACAGCUAGAUCUUGUUUACGUUGGUCUUUAUCUCCUUAUUUGGGGUGAAGCUUCAAAUAUCCGAUUCAUGCCGGAAUGUCUCUGCUAUAUAUUCCACUGUAUGUCUGAUGAGGUUGAAGGACUUUAUGGCAAUGUUAGUAAUGUCUCAGGAGCUUCAUAUCAGGCUGAGCCUCCUGGUGAGGAAUCAUUUCUAAAGGAUGUUGUAACACCUAUAUAUAAUGUGAUAUCAGAGGAAGCUCUGAGACACAAAGGUGGGAAAGCAAGUCAUUCAGCUUGGAGAAAUUAUGAUGAUCUGAAUGAAUACUUCUGGUCUGAUAAAUGUUUUGACUUGGGAUGGCCAUUGAAAAAAGAUGCUGACUUUUUUGUGCACUCAUAUGAGGAUCAAGGAACAAAUGCGGGCCAUAACAAUGUUGCUACAAGGAAGAGGAAGCCAAAGACAAAUUUUGUUGAAAUUCGAACCUUUUGGCAUCUCUAUAGGAGUUUCGAUCGUUACUGGACAUUCUUUAUAUUGGCUCUCCAGGUGAUGAUUAUUAUUGCAUGGAACCAUUCAGGAUCCCUUUCUGAGAUUUUUGAUGAGGACAUGUUCAAAAGCAUUUUGAGCAUUUUUAUAACUGCUGCUAUUCUGCACUUUUGGCGUGCUAUUUUGGAUAUACUCCUCAGCCUUAAUGCGUGGAGGAGCAUGAGAUUUACGCAGAUACUUCGCUACCUUCUGAAGCUUGUGGUUGCCGCACUCUGGGUGGUUCUUUUGCCUAUUACUUAUUCUAAAUCUGUUCAGAAUCCCACUGGAGUUGUGCGGUUUUUCAAUAAUUUAGGAGGAAUUAUACCAAACCAGUCAUUAUUCUACUACUGUGUUGCUAUAUACUUGAUUCCAAACAUAUUGGCCGCAUUUCUUUUUAUGUUUCCUUGUAUGAGAAAAUCCAUGGAAAAAUCAAACUGGCGUAUUGUUGUGCUACUAAUGUGGUGGUCUCAGCCAAAGCUGUAUAUUGGAAGAGGCAUGCAUGAAGACAUGAUCUCUCUAUUCAAGUAUACAUUUUUCUGGAUCUUUCUGCUCAUCAGCAAGUUGGCAUUCAGCUAUUAUGUGGAGAUUUUGCCAUUAGUUCAGCCUACAAAGAUUAUCAUGAAUAUUAGAGUCCCUAACUAUGAAUGGCACGAGUUCUUCCCAAACUUGGCAAAUAAUAUUGGUGUUGUGGUCGCAAUUUGGAGUCCAAUUGUUCUGGUCUAUUUUUUGGAUACACAAAUAUGGUAUGCUAUAUUUUAUACAGUUGUAGGAGGGAUUACUGGAGCAUUCAGUCACCUUGGUGAGAUUAGAACACUUGGGAUGCUAAGGUCUAGAUUUGUAUCUAUUCCAUCAGCUUUCAGAGAACGCCUUGUGCCACAUUCAAAAGAGGAGCACGAACAAGUCAAUGGAGAUGAUUCGUUGGAACGAAAGAACAUUGCAAUGUUCUCUCAAAUGUGGAACGAGUUCAUAGUAUCAAUGCGAAUGGAGGACUUGAUCAACAAUAGGGAAAGAGAUCUCCUUCUUGUGCCAUACUCAUCAUCGAGUGAAAUUAAAGUUAUCCAAUGGCCUCCAUUCUUGCUUGCAAGUAAGAUCCCGGUAGCAGUGGACAUGGUAAAAGAUUUUAAGGGAAUUGACGAUGCUGAACUUUUCGGGAAGAUUAAAAGUGAUGAGUUCAUGCUUUCGGCUUUGAUUGAAUGCUUUGAAACACUCAAGGGCUUAUUGACUGAAAUAGUGGAAACUGCUGAUGACAAGAGGAUCAUUGAGCAGAUAUUUGACGAAGUAGAUGACAGCAUAAAAGAGAAAAAAAUUCUUAGAAGAUUCAAUUUGAAAAACCUCCCUUCACUGAACAAUAAAUUGGAGACGUUUUUCGAUAUUAUGGUAAAUGACAGUGGAGUCCAUGGGGAUGAGAUGCAGAGAAAGUCACGACUGGUAACUCUCCUCCAGGAUGCUUAUGAAAUUUUCAUUCAGGAUGUAAUGGUUGACGGCAAUAAAAUCAUGGAAGGAUCCCAGAAAAAAAUGAAAGGCGAGGAAAAAUUUCAGAAUAUAAACAUGAACAUAUAUAAGACAUCUUGGUGGGAAAAGGUUGUUAGGCUCCAUUUGCUAUUGACAGUAAAGGAGUCUGCAAUGAAUGUGCCAAUGAAUUUAGAAGCGCGUCGAAGAAUGACCUUCUUUGCGAACUCUUUGUUCAUGAAAAUGCCAUCUGCCCCAGAAGUUCGAAAUAUGCUGUCUUUCAGUGUUCUAACUCCAUAUUAUAAAGAGGAAGUUAAGUAUUCUAUGGAUGAACUGAACAAGGAAAAUGAAGAUGGCAUAUCAACUCUCUUUUACCUUCAGAAGAUCUAUCCAGAUGAAUGGAAGAACUUUCAGGAUCGCAUUGACAAACUACACGUUAAACCCGGUGACGAGAAGGAGAUUGAAGUCAUUGAACUCACUCGGCAAUGGGUGUCCUACAGAGGCCAGACACUUUCCAGAACUGUAAGAGGAAUGAUGUACUAUAGGAAAGCUAUUGGGCUUCAGUACUUCCUUGAAAAUGUGGAUGAUAAAGAUAUAUUUGGUGGCUAUCGUCGUACAAUGGAUAUAAAUAAUCCUGAGUCUAGACUGAAUGAAGUAGAAAAGGCAUGGGCAGAUUUGAAGUUCACCUAUAUUGUCUCUUGUCAGUUGUAUGGUAGUCAGAAGAGAUCCAAGGACGCAAAAGAGCAUAAUCUUUACGCAAAUAUUCUUAAUCUCAUGUUGGAGUAUCCAUCAUUGCGUGUUGCUUAUAUAGAUGAAAAGUGUGAGACAGUUGACGAUAAAGAAGAAAAGUUUUACUACUCUGUUCUUGUCAAGGGAGGAGAUAAGUUGGAUGAGGAAAUAUAUCGAAUCAAGCUUCCUGGUCCUCCAGUAGUAAUUGGUGAGGGAAAGCCUGAAAAUCAAAAUCAUGCCAUUAUUUUCACUCGUGGAGAAGCCCUUCAGACCAUAGACAUGAAUCAGGAUAACUAUUAUGAAGAAGCAUUCAAAAUGAGAAAUGUAUUGGAGGAGUUCACGAAAACUCAUCACGGGCAACGUAGGCCAACAAUAUUAGGAUUGAGGGAGCACAUUUUUACUGGAAGUGUCUCUUCACUCGCAUGGUUCAUGUCCAAUCAGGAGACUAGUUUUGUAACUAUUGGACAGAGGGUUAUGGCAAGCCCUUUAAGGGUGAGGUUCCACUAUGGCCAUCCUGAUAUAUUUGACAGGAUCUUUCACUUGACAAGAGGUGGCAUAAGCAAAGCCUCAAAAACUAUUAACUUGAGUGAAGACAUAUUCUCAGGUUACAAUUCAACAUUACGAGGAGGGUAUGUGACACAUCAUGAAUAUAUUCAAGUGGGCAAGGGACGUGAUGUGGGGAUGAAUCAAAUAUCUCUUUUUGAGGCAAAGGUUGCAAACGGAAAUGGUGAACAAACGCUUAGCCGUGAUGUAUACAGGCUUGGACGCCGGUUUGACUUCUAUAGGAUGUUAUCAUUCUACUUCACCACCAUUGGUUUCUACUUUAGUAGCAUGGUUACUGUGUUAACCGUUUAUGUAUUUCUAUAUGGCCGUUUGUAUAUGGUCUUGAGUGGGUUGGAAAAACGGAUUCUGGAGGAUCCUUCUGUUAGUGAGGCUAAGGCUCUCGAAGAGGCUUUGGCGACCCAGUCUGUGUUUCAGCUGGGUUUAUUACUAGUAUUUCCUAUGGUGGUGGAAAUUGGAUUGGAGAGAGGAUUUCUCACUGCUAUUGGAGAUUUCAUAGUAAUGCAAUUGCAACUUGCUUCUGUUUUCUUCACGUUCCAGCUAGGAACAAAAGCGCAUUACUAUGGCAGAACUCUUCUACAUGGAGGUUCCAAGUACCGGGCUACUGGUCGUGGUUUUGUUGUUUUCCAUGCCAAGUAUGCUGAUAACUACAGACUCUACUCCCGCAGUCACUUUGUGAAGGGUCUCGAGCUGUUGAUAUUGUUAGUUGUUUAUGAAGUCUACGGGGAAUCAUAUCGGAGUUCCAAGCUGUACUGGUUUAUAACUGUAUCGAUGUGGUUUUUAGUUGGGUCGUGGCUGUCUGCUCCUUUCGUGUUCAAUCCAUCUGGAUACGACUGGCAGAAAACGGUGGAUGAUUGGACUGACUGGAAGAGGUGGAUGGGGAACCGUGGUGGCAUUGGGAUUUCUGCUGAUAAAAGUUGGGAAUCCUGGUGGGAUGAAGAACAAGAACAUCUGAAGCACACCAGUAUAAGGGGUAGAUUGCUUGAGAUAAUCCUUUCACUUCGAUUUUUCAUUUACCAAUAUGGAGUUGUCUAUCACCUUGAUAUAGCUCAUGGAAGCAGGAGUAUACUGGUGUAUGGACUUUCUUGGUUUGUUAUGGUCACUGUUCUUCUUGUCCUUAAGAUGGUGUCAAUGGGAAGGCGGAGAUUUGGGACUGACUUUCAGCUCAUGUUCAGAAUUUUGAAGGCACUUCUAUUCCUUGGUUUUGCAUCAGUCAUGACUGUGCUUUUUGUGGUCUGUGGCCUCACUGUGAGCGAUUUAUUUGCCGCUCUUCUGGCCUUUUUGCCCACAGGCUGGGGUCUUCUACUUAUUGGACAAGCAUGCAGGCCAUGUCUAAGUAGGGUCAGAGUGUGGGACUCAGUCAGGGAGUUGGGAAGAGCAUAUGAGUGUAUAAUGGGACUUGUAAUCUUCUUGCCUACAGUCAUCUUUUCUUGGUUCCCAUUUGUUUCAGAAUUCCAGACAAGAUUGCUCUUCAAUCAAGCUUUCAGUAGAGGCCUCCAGAUUUCCAUGAUUCUUGCAGGGAGGAAAGAUGAUAGAGCCAGCAAAUAACACCCGCCCUCAAUUGCUUUCCAGAUGCAAAAUCAGCAAAAAUAGAAAUAGCAAGUAUUCUUUGGCACUGUUAGGCUAAUUAUUGUUCUGUAUUAUUUACAUGCUUCAGCUGGAAAUAGGAUUACAAUGGUUUAGAUUAUGCAAGUUAUUUUUCUUCGUAUUUGUGAAAUGAAUCAGUAGAAAGAUGUCAAAUUAGAAUUGGUAGAUUUAAUCGUUAACCUCAUGAAGCCCACAUUUAAGUAAAACUACGAGAACUGCUCAAGGCAAAUAUGACUAUAUGAGUAGG